UGCUGGAGAUAUGGCUGCUAGCUCUCUCUUUAUACAGCAGACCUUGGCUAACACGAUAUAUUCUGUUUUGGAGGCAGAAUAACUCUGGGGACAGCAGUCGCUUCACUGCCUUGUGUUGUAAAAUAGUAUGAAUUCAACAGUUUUAUAUAUGUCUCAUUUGCAUGAAGUGUGAGCUGUGCUAUUAGCUAUCUGCUAGCAGGCUAACGUGUUAGCUGCAAAGCCGAGACAGGAGCCACCUGUCACCCAGCGCGGCUCUCUCCAGGCGGUUCAUGGCUGAUAGGUAGGACCUCAAACCAAAGGAGAACUCUGUUUUUUUCUGGUUCAGUGGAAGCAAUCAUAUCUGGAGCCCCCCGCGUCUAAAUGCCCCCACAAGGCCCCAGGAUGAAUGGGUUUUCUCUCGGUGAACUGUGCUGGCUCUUCUGCUGUCCGCCCUGUCCCAGCCGCAUCGCGGCCAAGCUAGCUUUCCUCCCGCCGGAGCCCACGUACUCGGUGCACACCGAUGCUAACGGGGUAGCUAGCUUACAUUUAACCGAGCGGGCGGACUGGCAGUACUCCCAGCGAGAGCUCGACGCAGUGGAGGUGUUCAGCACCAGGAGCAGUCGGGGGAACCGGGUCGGCUGCAUGUUUGUACGCUGCGCCCCGAACAGCCGCUACACGCUGCUGUUUUCCCACGGUAACGCCGUGGACCUGGGGCAGAUGUGCAGCUUCUACAUCGGCCUCGGCUCCAGGAUCAACUGCAACGUGUUCUCCUACGAUUACUCAGGCUACGGCGUGAGCACCGGUAAACCCUCUGAGAAGAACCUGUACGCGGACAUCGAGGCGGCCUGGCAGGUCCUGAGGAACAAGUACGGUAUAGCACCUGAGAACAUCAUCCUGUACGGUCAGAGCAUUGGUACAGUGCCCACCAUUGACCUGGCUGCUCGCUAUGAAUGUGCCGCUGUCAUCCUACAUUCUCCACUCAUGUCAGGACUACGGGUGGCCUUCCCUGAAACUCGCAAGACCUACUGUUUCGAUGCCUUCCCCAGUAUUGACAAAGUGUCCAAGGUGGCAUCCCCCGUGCUGGUGAUCCAUGGUACGGAGGAUGAGGUAAUCGACUUCUCUCAUGGUCUGGCCAUGUACGAGCGCUGCCCCCGUGCUGUCGAACCCUUGUGGGUGGAGGGAGCUGGCCACAACGACAUCGAACUGUAUGCCCAGUACCUGGAGAGACUCAAGCAGUUCAUCUCCUUCGAGCUUCCCACUUCCUGAGGGGAGCUCAGCCAUCAGGCUGGGGUUCAUCUCUACACAAUCAAGAAGCCUCAUCCUUAUCAUCUUCGAGCUCCCAUUGUUGGCAAAGGGCACAGGACUGGAGCAGCUUCAUCCCACUGUGCUCCUCUGUGCCUGCAGCUGUUUCAUGCUGGUAACAUGUUGUACAUUGGAAGAGGAGCUCCUUUUAGAUUGUUGAGGUGCAGCUGAGGUAAAGACUAGUCCCAGCAAGAAAUACAGCUUUGGCUUUAAAUGUAAUGCUCCUUCAUGUGGACCCAGUCUACCAAUGAGCCCAGGCCUAGACACUCUUUGCACUCGCUGCUGAAUCUGGACUAAUUUUCCACUCCAGCCCCCCCCCCCCCCGGUCUUUAGUGUCUCUGAAUGUGAGCGUCACUUUGUCACAUUUCCUUUUUCUCUCCCACUGCUUUUCCCACGAUCCCUUGCUUUCUUUUUGACUGAAUCUUUGCAAUGUUCAAGCUUGAUUUUUUUUGUAUUCUUUUAUACCAGGUGAAGAAGUAUCAAUUUUGCACCAAGAACUACAAAUAGAAGUUUUGUACUUUUUAUGUAUUUUUAAUUUGCCAUUCAGGGUUGAUUAAACAGUUGCACUUUUAAGGUGCUGACAUUUUCAGGUAA